AUGUCUGCCUCAGUCGCAUUUCACCUAGAGGCAUUGGCCGAGCGGUUUUCCAAGGCUGCUCAGGACCUCCGCUCGGGGAACCUCUCAUUAGAGAACGACACCACACAACGCAUGGACCUGCUGAAGGCCGGCAGCGACCUGAUUGAUAUUGUCGGCCUACCUAAGGACAAGGCCCUGUUCUGGCUGCCACAAUGUGCACACAUCACUGCUAUUCGCCUAUUCAUCAAGUGGAAGGCUUUUGAGGCGAUCCCACUCAACGACGAUGCCGCUAUCUCGGAGUCCGAUUUGGCUGCCAAGCUGGGUGCCAACCUAUCUCUCAUCACGCGUGUCUCUCGCGUCCUCGUCGCGAAUAACACCCUCAGAAGAGUCGGAACCGACAGCCUCGCACACACAGACUUCUCUAAGAUCUUCACAACCGCCAAUCCCAUCCGAGAGAUGACUCAGAUUGGUUUCGACAGCCAGCUGAAAUCCUGGGUGUCCAUGCCGGAAUAUUUCGACCGCUUCGGCAUCGCCGACGAGCCUACGGAUCGCCUCCAAACCGUCAUGGCCUUCGCUCACGGGCGUCUGGGCUCCAACGUCUGGGAUGUGUGGCACAGCUCUGAAGAGCGUUUACAAGCAUUUAUGCUAGCCAUGGGGGCCAUCGAGGAGCAGAUGCCCUCGCUAGGUAUCUACGAUCUGAGUUGGGCGGCAGCGGAGGCGACCAAGUCACCGGACCGCGUGCUGGUAGUCGACGUCGGCGGCGGUAGGGGCCAAGCGCUCAAGGGCAUUCUUCGGGCGACGCCCGGAAUCCCAGCUGGCCGGUGUGUGUUGGGGGACCUUCCCGAGGUCGUGGAGGCUACGAAGAGAGAGGUCCCCGAGCUAGCUGAGGUGAAGAUGGUGGCUACGGACUUUUUUAAAGAGCAGCCAGUCAAAGGAGCCUUGGUGUACUACAUUCGCCGAUGUCUGCAUGACUACUCCGAUGAGGAGUGUGUCAAGAUUCUGCAACACAUCUCGGAUGCUAUGGCAGCGGACAGCAGGUUGUUGAUCGUCGAGACUCUCCUCGGUGACAAGCCGUCGGCCUUCCAGGCAGCUAUGGACCUCUCGAUGCUCGCCAUCUCAGGCAAGGAGAGAACUCUAGCGGGCUUCCAAGAAAUCACGGGGAAAGCAGCACUUAAGAUUACCAAGGUUUCUCAAAACCCCGAGGGCAGUGCCGUCAUCGAGUGUACGCGAGUUUGA